AUGUCGUCGCUACGGCCGCUAGUCUUGCAAAGACUCACGACGAAAACGACUCCUCUACGUUUGCGCCUUCAUCCUCGGAGCUUUCCCCAGACACAUCUACAAUCUCGUGCUCGAGCCUUUACUUCCAUACCGGGUGUACCAACACCUGAAGAAGAAGACGAUGGCGGCAAGGGCAAGAAGCCCGAAGAUGAAGAGAGCAGAUGGAAACCAAUCUUCUGGAAGUCUCUCGAGUCCACAUUCACUACACUGGCAUCAGUAACCGUCNNCUUGGGCGACCCAGUUUUAGAGCUUGCCGCUAUGUCGAAGAGCGAAGACGGACAUCGAGAGCAUUGGAUUCUUCGCGAGGAGCAGACUAAGCUCGAUGCUAUUAUUCGUGGUGAACUCAAAGGGCAAUACUAUCUUAUAGUAGGCGAGAAAGGAACUGGAAAAAGCUCCAUGCUUAUCGACGCCAUGGCAAAGAUUGAGGGUGAAGGUGUUGCAAUGUUUGAUGCGCAUUCCGACCUCGAGAUCUUCCGCGUACGCUUGGGAAAAGCCCUCGAUUUCGAGUAUCACGAAGACAACAUUGGAUCUCUCUUCUCAAUCCGUGGCCCGCGUGAUGCUUCCGCCUUGCUCGACAUAGAGAGAGCAUUCAACAAACUCGAAAAGGUGGCAUUGCGCAGGAGAGCAACUGUUGGACGACCACUUAUCAUGAUCAUCAACAACAUGCACUUAUUGCGAGAUGAUGAGGAUGGGCGUGAUCUUCUCGAGUUGCUCCAGCAAAGAGCUGGUUUGUCACCACACCAACUUUGGGAUGUACCAAUUGUUGACUUCGACUCUNNAGAACAAUGGGCUGCCAGCAACCUGGCCACUAUAAUCUUCAACAGUGACGACUACUGGGUCUACGAGAGACUGAAGCAGUUGGCAACACGUAUGGUGGUGAUGCCAGUCCCCGACCUGCCUCGGGAUAAAGCCAUGAUGGCAUUAUCCAACUACCGGGCAAGAUACCAUAGUAACCAACCUCUAGAUUCCGAAAUCCUAGAACAGGUCUAUCAGAAAGUCGGAGGUAGGCUUGCCUUUCUCAAUCGCGUCGCAAAAUCCCACGACAUGCUUCAGACCUGUGAAGACAUUUGUCGUGCAGAAAAGACUUGGCUUCUGUCGCAGACUUGGAUUCUUGGUGAAGAGAUGGACGACGAUUGCACAAGNUCAGCUGCGAUGGUUCUAGCAAAAGCUCUGGUAGACAAGGAGAAGGAGGACAAACUCGAGUACGACCUUGAAAAGGGUCAUAUGCUCCCUCAAAUACCUUUGCACAAAGCGAGGCAGAUCAUGACGCGAGCCGACUUCAUUCAAAGCUAUGAUGCCAUCAACAUUUUCACCAUUGACAGCAGGGCUAUGGUGAGAGCUGAUUCAGUACCCAUGAUGAACGCCUUCCGGGAGAUUUGUGCCGAAGAGAUCUAUGGNGACGGAGGGAAAUAUCGUGUCACUACACGUAAUGCGAAAGGUGCUAUCGAGAAACUGAUUAAUUUCGAGGUUGAGGAAAAGGAAGAAGACAAGGACGGCAAAGAUGAUUGA